AUGGGGGACUGGCAGGAGCUCUGCCAGGCCGUCUUCAUAGGGCUUAUCUUUGCCUUCCUCGUCGCCAAGCUCAUCUCCACUGUCGUCUCCUUUAGGGACGAGAACCUCAAGGUCGUCCGACUGGAAGACUUACCGGCGGAAGCACCGGAAUCAGACCCGUCAUUGGGGGGGACCUUGACUGGGGGCGAUCAUGCCACGUCGUCUGGGGGGGGUGAGUUGGAAAAAGCGGAUAAUUCAAGGGAAAAUGCGGGUGGAGGAGGGGGCAUAGUAUACGACGCUGUCCAAGACGAUGACGAGGGCGAGGGCGAGGACGAGGACGACGACUGGGAAGGAAUCGAGAGCACUGAGCUGGAUGAGAUGUUCAGCGCCGCUACAGCUUUUGUUGCUGCCACAGCUGUUGACCGCUCGUCUCCAAGUGUCUCUAACGACGUACAACUGCAGCUCUAUGGGCUCUACAAAAUCGCCACUGAGGGACCGUGCACUACUCCGCAACCCUCUCCUCUGAAGAUGACAGCUCGUGCAAAGUGGUAUUCUCUGAUGCUUUUCGUUUGAUUGAGAUUUCAUGAACCUGCGGUUUAUUCGUCACCAACGCUUUGAAGAUAGCAGUUUGUGCCAUGCAUCACCUGUUUUUAGCUAUUUCGUGACCGCCUGCUGAUGAUACUGAGUUAUGCUUUCUUGUAGUCUGUAAGGCGAUGUAAUGGAUUGUGUUUAGUUACUGUCAGGGAGAAAACUAAUGCUCAGUUUGCAGAACUAAUUUUGAAAAUAUGUGGCACCGAUUGAGUAUUCUUUGGUAACAUUUAUCGAGUUUAAAGUGCCGAUGCUGGCAUAUCAAUUUAAAAUAAACUUUCGGAAUUGCAGUUUUCAUGGUGAAACAUUAAAAAUAAUUUAAAUUUGUAUGAGUUUUUUGGUCUGAAAAGUUUUCUUGUUCCGUCGAAUUGAUGUUUACUGAUUCAGGAAAAAAGUACGAACUAGAAUUCCAUGGAUGAGGGUUUUCGUUCGAUAUAGUCUUUGCCAAAGUUUUCGAGGAAAACUUAUUAUGAAAACGAAUUUAUCCUAUAAGUGUGGGUGCGUUUGUGCCGUUACUUUAUUACUUGGUUUUUUUCGUGGGUCAAAAAGCCAAUAAUUCCCUCAACCCUUUUUCUUAAUAUAUUUUUAUAUUAUCCAUGUACGAUUCUUCUCCUGAAAUUAUGAAUAACUCUCUCUCCUUCACGCCAAGUUUUGACUUUUUUUGACGUGUAUAUUCUCUUUGUCAGAUGGUGUGAAUGGUAAAGCAUGCACCAACGAUUAUGCCAAUCGCUGGAAUAAUUCGUAGUUUUAGUGUCUCCUAAAAGAACAACAUGAAGCAAACAUUGUGGAAGCAUUUUACUCUAUCGGUACGAAUGACAUAAAAUUCAUGGGAGCUGAAGUGGGAUAAAACUCAUGUUUUGAGAAGAGAACUAAAUGAAAAUGUGGCCAGAUGGGUUUCGAAACCUGUUGGACCAAUGCUAAACUUCUCAGGUCUAAAUCCUCAAAAUAGUAGACUCUGUUGAUGGAACAGAGCCGUUUCUGCGUAUGGUAUUUUAAAAAAAAUUGAUGUCUGACUUGAGAAAUGGCUGUAAUUUUUUUAUCAGAAACAUGAAAGUAGGGAUCAUUCCCUUAAACACCCUGGAAAUAACCGUGAGAAUAGUACUUAAGUUUCUCUGUAAAUUUUCGUCUUUAAGGACAAGUUGCUUCAUCCAAACACAACAGAGUAUCUGAUGGCUAAAUGCAACAAAUCAUGCUGCAACUAAAAAUGUAAAUGAAGAGAUGGAGCGUCUUGCUUUCUUUCGAAUGAAUUGGAACCAUAGUCAACGUUUAAGAUAAAAUUUUGCUCUUUUUUUUUCAUGGCCAGUAUUUAUUCCCCUCAAAAAGCCCUCAGUUGAGUGAUAUUAUUUGACAUUUAGGUGCUUAUUUUUUGGCAUCCCUUAAAUCGUAUUUAUCCAUCAUGUUAGCAAUACCCUGACGAUCAAGUGUUCUAUCUUCAUCUCUUCCAUUCUUUGCCUUGAGAUGUAUCCGCACAAGCUUCAUGGCAUAUUGUUUUAUGUAUAUCUGAUGAGAUCAAUUACUGUUUGCCAACGCUGUCAAGAUAUUUUCCCAGUGUUAGUACUCUGCUUUUGCCUUUGGCUUUAUAUAUUGCCAUUUUCUUAAAUUAAUUUUGUCUAUCAAUGAAUGCGAAUUUUGGUUCCAGGACUGCAUGGCAAAAGCUGGGUGCUAUGCCUCCAGAGGAAGCUAUGCAGAAGUACAUCAUGAUCGUGAAUGACUCGUAUCCAUCUUGGGCGACUGGUUCCGGCUCCACAUAUGUGAGCCUUAUUUUUUCAGAUAUGUAUUCAUUUUUAUCCUCUUUUUUGGAUGUCUUGGUAACGAUUCUAUAUUUUACAUGAUUAUUAGAGGAGCCGAGGUGAAGGUGAUGAUACGCUUAGUUCAGCAUCAGCUUCCAAAGAAACAAUGGGGCCCGUUUUCAGCAGUUUUAUUCAUGAGGAAGAGUCCAAUAAAGAACUGUAAGUCUCUCUACUAAGUAGUAUCAGCUACAUAAUGUGAAUGUUUUGAGCGAGAAUAACUGUCAAAUCAAGGUGAAACCUCUAUUAUUAUUCACUACACUAAACCACUGACAAGAUUUAUAAACACCAUCACCACUUGUAACUUCCAGGAAACUUUUUAUUUUUUUAAAACUACGACAAUUGUGCCAUUCCUGACAACUUAUUUUGAAUAACUCCUUUGAAUUUUCUUUCAAGUUUUAGAUACGUCACUGUAUCAUAUUUAUACAUUAUGUAAUUAUAAUAUCUGUAUGGGUACAUCUAUCAAGAGGAUAUUAUUGCACGAAUGAUGUUCUUGGCCAUCAUUUCACUUCUUCACCAUCCAAAUAGAAUUUGAGUACGUUUCAGUUUAUAAAGGUAUUGAAAAUGAAAGUCAUAUUUAUGGUAAAUAUUAACCCUCUAAUGGAUCGUCAUUCAGCUCACAUUCGGUGUUAUAGUUGGUAAUAUACCAGAAUUUUCUGUAAUUGCAGAAAGUUAGAUGCUUUACAUGUCUCUGCAAGGGAAGGAGAGGUUGAUACUUUACUUGCUCGGUUGGAUGAUGGCUUUUCAGUAAAUAUGAAAGGUAUGGAAUUUUUCUUCAGCAUUACAUAUUUUUUGCCUUGGUUUCAAUUUUCUUUGGUUCAUGUAGUUUCUAAAUGAUAGAUCAAUCUUAUAGCAUCUGAUAUGUUUGCUAUGAAGUAGGCGGUGCGUGUGUGCAUGUGUACAUCUGAUAUGUAUUCUAGGCUUAUGUGCUUUGUACAUUAGUGUUUGGAUGGGAGGGAGUUUCAAAUUAUUCCACGAAAUUCUAUCCCCCAAGCACAGGAAGAAAUGCUUCGGGCCUGGAGCAUUAGGUCCGCAGGUUAAGUUCGAGGAGGAGAUAUCUGACCAUACUAGUAAAACGAAGAUGGGUAUGCUCUGUUUUUUUCCCUUGGCCAACAUGUGACGUAUGCAUGAGAAGAAUUUUUCAUGCUGUAAAUCCAAGGAGUUGGUCGAUGGUUGGCCCUUCUGGUUGGGUUUGAUGUCGGAUAACUGUUAUAUACAGCUGGGACUUUGGGAGAGCUGUCAUCUUUUCGUAAGACUUGUCCUUUUUCUUAAAAAGAAAGUCAUGCUGUCGAUUCAAACAAUGCAAAGGAAGUUCCCCUUAGACAGUACGUGACAUCAAUUUGGACAUCAUAAGAGGAAUAGAUGAGCUGUGAAGGUUGAGGGAAUGACAUUUAUAGUCAGAUAAGAACAAAAUAGCAAAAAAAAUAAGAGAUGCCUGCUCCCUGUGGUCAUGACUGGAGCAUAUGACGACUCGUGUGUAGUACCUUGACACAAGUAAUGCUAUCAUAACGAGCUAUUGCCCACAAAUCGUGCGAUGUAAAUGGUAGCGAGAAAUCAAUACACCUCUCUCCCACAGAUGCUGAGUACUGAAGGAAACGGUGAUGGAAGUCGAGCUUUUUUCUGUAGGCAUAGGAACCUUCAACUUAGUAACAUUCACGAUAAAUGUUGCUGUUUUAUCGUGGUAGAAUGGACAAUAUAAGAAAUCACCAGGGGUAAUCAGGACCAAGUUUGAUAACAGCAUUAAGAGCCAGAAAAUAAUGUGCAAUGUACGAAAUUCAGGCUUCAUCAUAACUGAUGGCUGGACACUGUUCAGUAAUUACCUCAACUCUCUAUCACGAUUGCGUUGCAUACAAUCCACUCUCUCUCUCCCCCCCCCUCCGCCCAUUAGAAUCGCUUUCAAGUUCUGCAUGGAUCCCCAUUUUCGCAUAAUUCGAAAACCAUCUGCCUUCAUUUGGAUUCUAGAUGGUUUCCUUUUCCACUUUUAUUGGUCAGCUGAUCCGGUGUAGAUGAUAUAUGUCAAUUAAAAAGGUGUACUGCGCACCUUUAAUCCUUUGCAUCGAAGGGUUCUAUUAAAUGAGAACUGAAAAUAUGACCAGGAAUCAGGGCACAUGCCUGCAGACAUGCCAUGGAUGAGUUUUCUUUAACUUAUACGCUGCAGUGAGGACAUACUGAAUACCAUUUGGAACAGAAGCGUAUGAAAAAUCAGGAUCGGUUUAAAGGUCGAACAUGAUGUGAAUCUCUCGUCAACAGUGUCAUUAGAAUUCGAGAUAGGGUGACCGUCCAAUAAUUAAUGCCUACUUCGUAGAACAGUUUGGCAAAUAAACAUGCACUCGACCGCUCCUAGUCGAGACAGGGGACCAGACCUGGUCUGAAUCUUUUCUUCUGCAUGGGUCAUAUUGAAUCUUUUCUUCUGCAUGUUUAUAUCUUCAUAGACAUCGAGGAUUUAGCUAUUCCAUACUGUAUUUUUUCACCCGUUCUGCUACUUGAUGCUCUCAUCUGCCUUCUGCAGACGGUGAAGGGAGGACUCCUUUGCAUUGGGCUGUAGAUAGGGGGCAUCUAGAUGUUGUGGAGAUGCUCAUCAGCAGGAAAGCCGACGUGAAUGCCAAGGUGUGUCUAUCGAUGUGGGAGGUUUCUCCUUUGGUGGAAACUUGACAGAUGAUUUGGGAAGAUAUUUCCUCUAUGUUUAAUUUCACCUUCCCAUAUGCACUUUUCUAGGAUGGCGAAGGUCAAACGCCACUGCACUAUGCAGCUCUAUGUGAGCGGCCUGCCAUUGCUGACUUGCUUACCCGACAUGGCGCCGACCCCAAUGUCAAAGACAAUGACGGCCACUCUCCUCAUGAGCUUUAG